AAGGAAGGAGCACGUGGUUUGGAACUGCUGCCGCGUGCUUUGCUCUUUUCCCGCCCCGCAUAGUCCCCCUUCCAACGCCCCCCUCUUUUCACGAUGGCCUCAGCCGCGGAGCAGCUCCCACAGGCGGGAGGAGUGAAGCGAAGAGGGAAGGCCCAGUACGUGCAGGCUAAGAGAGCCCGGCGCGGGGGUGGCGGCGGCCCGAGGCAGCUUGAACCCGGGCUUCAGGGCAUCCUCAUUACGUGCAACAUGAAUGAGCGCAAGUGCGUAGAGGAGGCCUACAGCCUUCUCAACGAGUACGGGGACGACCUGUAUGGGCCUGAGAAGUUUAUAGACAAGGAUAAGCAACCAUCUGGAAGUGAGGAGGAAGAAGAUGAUGCAGAAGCUGCUUUGAAGAAAGAAGUCAGUGAGAUUCAGGCUUCUACGGAAUUGAGGUUAAGACGAUUCCAGUCAUUGGAAAGUGGAGCAAAUAAUGUGGUCUUCAUUAGAACACUUGGCAUAGAACCUGAGAAACUUGUUCAUCAUAUCCUAAAGGAUAUGUAUACAACUAAGAAGAAGAAAACGCGGGUUAUUCUGCGCAUGUUGCCCAUAUCUGGAACAUGCAAAGCUUUCUUAGAAGAUAUGAAAAAAUAUGCUGAAACUUUCUUGGAACCUUGGUUUAAAGCACCAAAUAAAGGGACAUUCCAGAUUAUUUACAAAGCACGAAAUAAUAGUCACAUGAGCAGAGAAGAAGUUAUUAAAGAACUAGCAGGCAUAGUGGGCUGCCUCAAUCCUGAAAAUAAAGUCGAUCUUAGUAAUCCUCAGUAUACCAUUGUGGUGGAAAUCAUUAAGGCUGUCUGCUGCCUGAGUGUUGUCAAAGAUUACAUGUUGUUCAGAAAAUACAACCUUCAGGAAGUGGUCAAAACUAACAAAGAGGGGUCUCAGCCAAACCCUGGUCAGGAUGCACAAGUAAGAAAUGGAAACAAAGCAAAACUGGAAUUUGGAGACACAGAAAAGGAGAAUCUCAAGUCAAAAGAAAGUGACUCUGCAGAAGGAAAAAUUAAUCCCCAGUUGCUAGUAGAGGGUAAUAAAGAGGAGGAGUCGCUUGGAGAAAGUGAAAAAGGAACCAAAUCUGAAAAUGGAAGCCAAGUUAUGGAAGGUUCUAAAUCAAAUGAAAGUGGCCUGGUCUUGGAGAAAAAUUAAUCAUUAGAGACAGGAACUAGUAAGAGAAGAGGCAUAUUCCAAAGAUGGGGACAAAAUAAGUUAUCCAAGUUGAGAAUGUUGUUGUGUAAUGAAACUUGCCCUGGAGGUGUGUUUAAAGUUUUUCAAAGUUAUGCAAUGCCAUAUUUCACCAGUAGCUCUGCUGGUUGAAUCAUUGGACAGAAUAGUGUGGUCAUCCCCCUAGUAGGAAGUGAUUAAUUGGUUAAAUUGUUUAUUUACUCCCAAAAGCAUUUUUUAAAAAUCAUCUAGAUUGGAAAUAGUGGGGACAACAUCCUAAAAUUCUUAAAGGAAAGUAGGAUUUUAGUUUUUGGGCCAUUGUUUAAAAAUAGGAAGAUUAAACCUAUUAGAACUUUUCAUAUAUGAGCAAAGUUUAAUUUAGAAAUUGUUCAAUUCUUAGAAUGUCUUUUUCAGGAUUUGUGUGGAAUAACUUGAAAGAAAAAUUUAUGCACAUUUUUUAACAGUAUCAUUUAGGAAAUAGGGGGAAGAUGCUUUUUAUGUAAAAUUUCAGCUGGUUCCCAGCUUCAAGGAAGAAGAUAUUUUAAUAGUGUAGAUAAGAUCACUUUCAGGAUCCCUUGGAACUUAAGAAUCUGAGUGUAUAAAGACAGCCAUAUCCAUCUAGUCUGUACGUUGUCUAAUUGAUGCUAUAAAAUUGGAUCCCUCUGUUAAUUUUGAGAGCUCCUCCAGAAAGAUACAUAUAUAUGUAUAUAUAUAUAUUUUUUUCAUUUUCAAGAGUCUUAGUUCUUUCAUAUUUAUUUCUGUGAUUUUGGUACUAACUGAAUGCAGCAUAUUUUUCAUAGACAACUCUUACCUAAGUUAGUCAUUGGUACUACAUCAAGCUUUAUGAUAAACUGAAUUAGUCCAUAUAAAGUGUUGUUUUCAGUUUUAUAAACUGUUUUCUCACAUUGAUAUUUCACUUUUAAAUGUUGAAAUUCUAUGGUGCAAAUUGAUUGGUUCUUUCACUUCAUUGAUAGGCUCAGAUUAUCUUACCCUAUAGAAAAGAAGGUAAACUCUUUGUGUAUCUUCAGGUAAAGUUUCAUUAAUGUUAAUGCUAAUUGUAAUUUUUUAAUAUCCUCAAGGCACAAUUCUUUUCCUUAUCUUUUUGGUUAAGUACUGGACUGUAACCCAUUGCUAGAUAUUGUUUGAUUUUCAUUGAUACUUUUUCAGAAAUGCAAAAGUAAAUUUCUCUUAACAGAAAUAA